GUCUCAUACUUGGUAAGGGGAAAAAAAUGACCUAAACUGUAUAACUAUUCUUUUAGCAAAGGUAAAUUUUGAUUGUUUUUAACAAUAAUUUGAAGGUACUAGUCAGGCAAUACAAUUUAAUGAAAGUUUAGGAAGCAGCCCGCUCUACGUGACUCAGCUGUUUCUGCUGAUAUGACUUCCCUGUGUAACAACCCUUUUGAUGUAGUUUUUCUACCUACUACAUUAAUAGCAAUCACCAGCUCUCGCUAACCCGCCCAUAAGCGUCACUGAUUCAAAUUGCAGCCGAGGCAGAGGGGGAGCAAGAAGCGAGCCUGGCUGAGCAAACAGCCUCACACACUGAGAGCUGAGGCAGAGAGAGGAGCACAGAGCGACGAGCGAGCGGCUGGGGAUCCUUCAGUGGUUUUUCAGUUGCAUGAACACAACCGUGUCCCCCCCCAGGAUCUAAAGAUGUGGACAGAAGUCGGAAAGCUUGUGCUAUUACAUUUGUUACUCAUGGAGCUCUACUGCGCUAAAGGAACUCAUACAGAGUCAGAGUGUGAAACCGGCCAGUUUCAGUGUAAGAACGGACGGUGCAUCCCGACCCUGUGGAGAUGUGAUGAUGAUGAUGAUUGCUCAGACAGCAGCGAUGAGGAGAAUUGUCCAAAGAAGACGUGUGCGACCACAGACUUCGCCUGUAAGAACGGACAGUGUGUUCCUGCUAGGUGGCGCUGUGAUGGAGAGCCGGAGUGUGCAGACGGUUCAGACGAGGCUGAUGCAAUCUGCAGCCGACAGACCUGUCCACCAGAGAAGUUUGAUUGCGGAGGGGCUGCCAGCAAAUGUGUUUCGUUGUCAUGGCGAUGCGACGGAGAGAGGGACUGUGAGAACGGGGCCGAUGAGGAGCAGUGCGCUGCAGAUGCCAAGGCCUGCCCCUCCAAAGAUUUCCAGUGCCGUAACGGGAAGUGUUUGGCGCCGAUCUUUGUGUGCGAUGGCGAUGACGACUGCGGGGACGGCAGCGAUGAGGAGAAGUGCUCUGCUCCCACCUGCGGUCAGCAUGAGUUCCGUUGCAAUGACUCCGAGUGCAUCCCUGCCCUGUGGAGCUGUGACGGCGACCCGGACUGCAAGGACAAGUCGGACGAGUCCAUGGAGCGCUGCAGCCGAAGGACGGAGCCCCAGAAACCUCGCUGCCCGGUGGGCGAGUUCCAGUGUGGGAGCGGGGAGUGUGUCCACAUGAACUGGAAGUGUGAUGGAGACGCAGACUGCAAGGAUAAAUCUGAUGAAGCAAACUGUCCCCUACUUACAUGUCGGCCUGAUGAGUUCCAGUGCGGUGAUGGCUCCUGUAUCCACGGCACCAAACAGUGUAAUAAAGUUCAUGACUGUCCAGACUACAGUGAUGAAGCUGGCUGCGUCAACAUUACAAAGUGUGACGGGCCCAGAAAGUUCCGCUGUAAGAACGGGGAAUGUAUUGACAGCAGCAAAGUGUGUGACAAUGUGAAAGACUGCAAGGACUGGUCUGAUGAACCCAUGAAGGAGUGUGGCCUCAAUGAGUGUGCCGACAACAAUGGCGGGUGCUCUCACAUCUGCAGGGACCGGAGAAUUGGUUAUGAGUGUGACUGUCCCUCUGGCUACAAACUCCUGGACAAAAAGUCUUGCGGAGACAUAGAUGAAUGUGAGAAUCCAGACGCCUGCAGUCAGAUCUGCAUCAACUACAAAGGAGAUUAUAAGUGUGAGUGCUACGAAGGCUACGAGAUGGACCCUGCCUCUAAGACCUGCAAGGCCGUGGGAAAAAGUCCGUACCUGAUGUUCACCAACCGCCAUGAGAUCCGCCGCAUUGACCUGCUGAAGAGUGAAUACACACAAGUGGUUCCCACACUGAAAAACGCCGUGGCCCUGGAUGUAGACGUUUCCAUCAACAAGAUGUUCUGGUGUGAUUUAUAUCAUCGUAAAAUAUACAGCGCUUACAUCAACAAAGCCAGUGACUCAUCGCAGCAGGUGGCGCUCAUCGACUCGCUCCACUCCCCAGAGGGCUUGGCAGUCGACUGGGUGCAUAAGAACAUCUACUGGACCGACUCAGGCAACAAGAGCAUCUCCGUCGCCACGGGGGACGGCAGGAAGAGGAAAGUGCUGAUAGCCACUGAGCUGAGCGAGCCGCGGGCCAUCGCAGUGGAUCCACACCAAGGGUUUAUGUAUUGGUCGGACUGGGGAGGUCAGGCCAAAAUUGAGAAGGCUGGGAUGAAUGGAGUGGAUCGACAAGUGUUGGUGUCUGAGCACAUCGAGUGGCCCAAUGGAAUCACCCUGGACUUGUCCAACAGGCGUCUGUACUGGGUGGACUCCAAGCUGCACCUGCUGUCCAGUGUGGAUCUGAAUGGAGACAACCGCAAAGUGCUGCUGUCCUCCCAUCACUACCUGGGACACCCAUUUGCCCUCACCGUGUUUGAGGAUCGCAUUUAUUGGACAGACUUAGAGGACGAAGCGAUAUACAGCGCCAACCGACUGACAGGACAUGAUGUGGCGAAGGUGGCAGAGCACCUCAACAACCCCCUGGACCUGGUGGUGUUUCAUGAACAGAGGCAGCCAAAGGCCCCCGACACCUGUAAUUUGGGCAGUCUUCCGAACGGUGGCUGUGAGUACCUUUGUCUGAAGGCACCUCAGAUCACAGACCACUCCCCCAAGUACACCUGUGCCUGUCCUGAUGGCAUGGAGCUGGGACCAGACAUGAGGCGCUGUGCUGUAGUUCGACCCAGGGCAACCACAACACCUCCUCCAACCACCACCACCUCCACAACAACUCCCACCACCACCACUACAACGAGCACUAAACCAACCAGCACAACUAUUACCACCAGCACAACUCCCCCUACCACCACCACCACCACCACCACAAGUACCACCAGCACCUCCGCUGCUACCACACUCAGGCCCACGACCAGACGCCUGACGACAACAACGGCCUCUCCUCAGACCCCCAGAAGCACCUCUACAGAGCACCCCCGGACCCCCGCCGCCACGAGUACAGAGAUGACCAGGUUCAGCAGCACAACCAAGACAUCAACAUCCACACACACACCUUUGUUAGGCCCAGCUGCCCCCAACAGCAUUCAGAGAGAGAGCAACGGCAACCUCUCCCACAGAGCUGCGAGUGAUCACUACCUCAUAGGUAACAACAUCACAGUAGCUGUUCUGGGGAUAGUCAUUCCUAUCGUCCCUAUCCUUGCCACAGUGGUCAUCGGAUUACUCUGCACCGGCGGAUACCUGGUUUGGCGCAACUGGCGACGCAAGAACACCAAGAGCAUGAAUUUCGACAACCCCGUUUACCGCAAAACCACAGAGGACGACGACGACGAAAUCCACAUCGGCCGACACAGCGAGUCCAUCGGUCACGUCUACCCAGCAGUGAGUGGCAGCCACAGUCAGCCAUUCAUAGCGCUCCCUCUAGGGGGCGGCAUCACAGACAGCAACUCUCACUGGUACUCAGGGGCGCCGAUGCUCUCCAGCGGCAAAUGAGAGAAGCUGCAGAGGAAAGGAAGGAAUAUUUUGAGAUGUGGGAGGAUGCGCUGGGGUUUGGAAAAGCCCUGUUGUUGUACAUGUAGGCCUGGUGCAAAGAAAGAACAGGCUUGCACACGUCCACAUGCUCACAUAUCAUUUUUGUAGUAAUCACUGAAGCCACCAAUCAUACACACACAUAAGCCCUUCACCUGUACACCAUGUCCACUCCAUUCACCUCCAUAGACCAUAAUCAUACAGCACAUAUGUAUAUCAGUGCCAGAUCCCCGUCGCCAUCCCAUUUAUUUGUACAUUGUGUUAGUUCUUCUGGUUGUUUGUCCUGUUACUGUAUGUUUUUUAAUAGGCCCCCUGUUCCCUGACUAAACUCCCCACACAGGUACAUAUCAUCUGAUGCAAAAGUUUGCAUUUUUUCUACAUGAUCACUAAACAACAGAAAAUAUUUACCACAAGGUAGCAUACUUGUCAGAGAGGAAUUUUGUAGAUUAUAACAAAAGGCCUUCCAUGCAUUAGAGGCUUAAAUAAUUACUGUUGUCUUGAUGCCGUGCAGUUUGUACAACAGAGAGAUGCAUGCAGUGGCAUCUGUGUGUUAGCAGAACAAGUUAUUUUAAUGUUGAGAUGAUGCCUUUGAGGAGAAAGAGGACUAGCUUUAUAGUCACCUCAGAAAGGCUGACUGACAGGACAGCAGAGUGCAGGAUUAGACCGCUCAGCAAAUAAAUUGGAUUUUUAGAGUGCAUGGUAACAUUAUGAUAUUGCCAGUGCCACUAUGUGAAUUUUAUUUUUUCAUUACUGUGUAAGUAAGACAUAAAACAUAAAAAAGGGAGCAUAAAUCAGAACCAAGGACAGUUCAAGAUAGAUUUUUUCUCAUAUUCUAUCUUGUGUGCAGUUGCAGAAACCAUGAGUCUCCACAUGAUGAGUUGCAGAUGACCCUGUUGAUUUCCCAUUGAUGUAGAUGCAUUUUUGAGAAUCCUUUAUAUGGCACAAAGCUGCGUUUUCUACAAACUCAGGAGACAGUGCCAGCAAUGAUUUGCACCCAAAUCCACUUAAAUGUGGAGGGCAUGUGUCAUCAGGACACUUGUGACAUUUAUUGAAUAUGCUUGUUGUUUUAGAUAUCGGAGAGCAAGCAGAGAAGGGCAGCCAAAAAGGAUUAUUGGGGGGGGGGGGGGGGGGGGGGGGGGAGUAGCGCUUUGAUCGGUUGGCAUGGUAACGCAGAUUUCUUUGUGUUGCUCUGGAGAGAAAGGAGGCAAAGAAUUCUGGGUAUCACUGGCAUGAUGACAGGUUGAGACGCACGCACACACACACGCACACAGACAUGCACACACACUCACGCACACAAAACAGGUGCACGACUGAGUCAUAUUAAGAUUCAAGGUCAAAGUAACAACCACAUUCAGUGAAAGGCUAGAGAGAGAGGACUAUGGUCUCUCUCUCUCGUCUCCACAUUUUAUUAUUUACUUCUGUACAAAUCUCUUUAUUGUCUCUUCAUCUUUUUACUUGUUUUCUUCCUCUCCUCUCCUCUCCUUCCAUGGCGAUAUGGCAGCUCAGACAGCCAGAGAAAUCAGGUUGGCAUUAUGUGGGCCAGACAUUCAGCUGUAGGCAUGCAUCCUACAUUCCUCGCAUAGAAACAGCCAGAGAAGGAGGGAAUGAACAAGGGAGGGGGGAUCGCAAAGAGGUAAAAGAAGGUCAGGAAAGGAGGGAGAAGUGUGGACUGCAAGGAGGAGUAAGAGAAUGGAAAUAUGAAUAUAUGAACCCGCCAUUUCUUUCCCUGACUUCCACCUAGACUUGAAUCUGUCUCUUUUUUCUCCUCUGUUCUUCAUGCCAGUCUGUUUUCUAUCUUACUUCUCUCUCUCUCUCUCUCUCUCUCUCUAUCUAGCUCUCUCUCUCUUUUACCAGCCUACUGUGGUAACAGUCUUUUUAUCUGCUGUUUGCAGCGCGUGGCACUCAGUCUGGAGGAUGAUGGCUAUCCCUGAGGGGUGGGAUGCAGCCUGCCCUCCCCCAAUCCCCAUCCUGGCCCCUCCUCUCACCACAGCCUCUACACCACUACAAUGAGGCCAGUACAACGCAGAGGAGAAACAGAAAGAGAAGAGAGAGUCCUCAUUUUUGCCUCCCCCUUUUUAAGGAGCAGGGAUGACAUGUACAUCUCAUAAACCCCCCCUCCUUCCUCUCCUACUCUGUCCGCUGGAGUAACAUUACUACCACUACUAGCAACUAUACUACUUCCUUUAGUGCUAGUUAUUAGUAGCCUCUGCUCCACUCCUCUCUUCUCUCUGCCUCUUGUUAGUUGUAGUGGUGUAUAAAAAUGCUGCUUGAUGAUUUUGUUCAGACUAACCUCAUCCCGUUGUCUCAGUGCACAUUGUAAAUAGAAGGCUGCCUGGCCAGUGUACAUGGGAAAAAAAAGCCAGCAUGCGUUAUUGCGUUAAUUUCUCAUAUUUUGACUCUUUAUUUAUUUGGAUGUUUGCUGUUGUAAAUAUGUAAUCAGCAUCGAUCGGUACCACACAGUACUAAAAGCAGAUUUGUUCAAGUUUGUAAGGAUAAACAGUAGCAGGCAAGGACAUUAUUUUUCUUCAUAGUUCCCUUUUACAUCUUGUGUUGACAACACAGAUUUUCUUUUUUUUUUUUAAACGGGAGGGAUGUCAUCCUUUUUCACACCCAACCCUUCAGAUUCGCCCCUUGACAUAUAUUAUAUAGAGAAAGACAGCUAAAUAUAGCCAAGGGGAAAGGAGACAUAAAAAAAUGAUUGGGUGGUCUCCAUGUUUGGAGGUGAUUUUGGGGUGAAAGAGAUUUUUUUUUUUUUUUUUGAGGGGAAUGGGAGGAUUUGUGCCACCAGAGGGUAGUGCCUCAAGGCAAAAAGCAGCAGGGCAGAAAAGGCAAAGGAUUAUGGGUAAUCCUCUCUCCUGGUAUCAGUGGUAUGCGUACAGUCUAUAAUGAACUUGGGAUUGUUUGCUCAUUUGCGGUAUGUGUAAGGAUUCCUGCUAUUGUUUACUGUAUGUUUGUGUCUGGUUGUAGAAGUGAAGCUUCAGUUCCAGACAACACGGACCUCUGUGUGACUGUAUUGAUGUGAAAAUGGUGCUUUGAGUCUUAUUACUACUAUUUGUGUAUAAAUUCAUAAGGCUGGACAGACCUGCCAGUGAUUUUAUGCGCUUUCUGAUGUUGGGUGGGUUGGAGUGGCUGGAGCUGUAUACAUUUGAAAGUACAGCUGCACAUUCUAUAUUGGAAGUGUGAGGGCAUCAGAGAGGUUCUGCACAGCUACACCAGUCCUGUUUUUUUGACUGCUUCUGUUUGAAAUGAAGAUUCAGUUUCAACCUCUUGCAAGGUCUUUGAACAGAAGAAGAGAGCAUAAAAUACACAACGGAUUCCUCAUAUACAGUAUAUCCUGACACAACGCAAAAGCAAGGAAAGGGAAAGGAGAGAGACAAGAGAAAGGUGAACACGUGUAUAUUGUGGUUGACUGCUCUGUGUCUCCUGGGCUGUGCUAACACUCCCGCCGUUGAGUAAUAGACAACUGCCAACUGUGAGUUUUUGCUGUAUUUAUGGCUCUAAUGAGAUUUUUACACUGCAUUAUUCUCACGGGUGUUAUCUCCUGAAAUAUCACUUGUUUCAAAAUUUAAAUAUGCAGUUGUUUCUCUACAACUGCCAAACACAGACAGUCAGUGUUUGAACUUGAGCACACUCUAAGUAUCAGUGGCAGUGUCUCAGUGGCUGCACACCACUGGUUUUGGUGAUUCAGAGCCUGAUAACUGCUGCAUCUUCCCUCCCCUCUUUAACAGUGUAGCUGUGUGUUUUCUGGAAGAGAUGGUGUUGGAAGAAAAAAAAAAAAGCCCACAUUGAGAAGAAAUGACUUUCUGCUGUCACUGACUGUUCAGUGGGGUUGUGAGCGGUCCUGUUUUGUAUGAACAGAUGACUAAUACGCUGAGGCUGAAUGAGCCCAGCACUGAUUUGAAUUGAAAGCUGGGUAGAGAGGAAAUGUGUAAACCAGCGUAAAGAGCUGAUCUUCCACUGGCUUGCCACAGACAUGGUUCCAGCCCAUUGAAUCAGAUGGAAUUUAUGCCCAGUGAAUAUCGCAAUAAUUGCUCAUAAUGUGUUGUAACAGUGAAUUACUAGAAGCCGUCAUGACAGGAUAGCAUGAUAGCUGCCGCGUGUUGUCAUGGGAAAUUAACAAAUUUCCUAUUCUGAAUGUCAUUUAGUCUCAACAAAGGGCAUUUUAACUAUGUUAAGCACACGUUUAAUGCACUUAAUACACUGUAGACCUGUUUUACAUUGACUGAACUACACAUACCACACGUCUUCCAUUCUUAAAAUAACAAAUCAGAACAAUGUCGCAUUUCGGCAGAGCUGAGCUAAGACGUGCUUUUGUUUGUCACAUCUUCUGUCUUUUAUUAAUAAACCUGACAUAUGACUGAAUAACAAGCAAAAAAAAAAGUAUAUAAUGCAAACAUUAAAGUCUUCCAGUAUAGUCUCAGCAUGUGUAUUCAUCCAACUAUACAGACAGUGUGUGCGUACAAACAAAGGGAAAUUUGAUUAGUGGUAGUUAUUAUUCACAGCUCCCACUGUUUGUUGGAAAGGUUUUCUCCGUGUAGAUGCUUGGGUAACCACUAGGGAGGAAAAGACUGUAAAAACAAACAAAGACAAAGGUAGGCAGGAAUAACUGCCAGGAUUUAGACUACGCCAUAUGCGAACAGGUUUGGAAGACAAAUGUUGGGUAAUUUAUUUUGCUGGAUUUCUGCUGAUGUUGUGCCACAGUAUUCUGACACCCGCUCCUCUGGCCUCCCGUCCUCAGAAGGAUGGCACUGUUGUCCUCUCCGUUUGUGAUGCACAGCAGGCGAUCUGUAUGGACUGUAUGUGACGAGUGGCACGCCAGACAGGUAAAUUGUAGUCCUCCACAGCACUGCACUCCCCUACGCCUGUCUAAUGAGGGAGGAUUGAGCACAAGGGGAAGGCCAUCUCCUUUCAUCUUAACCUUGUAGAGAUGAAGGCAAAAUAAAAUGCAUUACGUGGUGGGCCGACUGUGACUCAGCUCAGCAUGAUCCUUGGCUGGAUUGGUGGGCUCCUGCUGUGUUUGGUUUUUAGACAGGAUUUAGAAGUGACAUGUAUGAAACAGUUUAAAAUGGACACAGUUCCAUUUUGGUAUAAACUCCGUUCAUUUCAUUAAUGUUAUCAGGAUGUGUCAUGGCUGUUGUGAAUGCUCACAAUUUCAUAUCUUUUUCAUACAAACCUAACCUGGAGGAAAGAUGAAGAUAAUAAUGUAAGAAGCCAGGAAAGAUUGCCCAAGUCAGAUAUACAUUUAUUUGUGAAUUUGAAAUGGGAUAAAUCACAAACCCCAGGGCUGGAUUGAACCUGAAGCUGAGUCAGCUCUGCACUCCAUACUUUCCUGCAUGUCCAUGUUUGCUUCAGGUCUAAUUGAGUUCCAUACUGAGGGUUUGCAGUGACGAGAAUAAAUUGCUUAUUUAUUGAGGUGAGUGAGCGUGGCAUUGUAGAGAAGUUAUUAUUGCUACAGUGUGAAGACAGAUUGGCUGCUCCACUUCGUGGCCACCUUGAGAGCAGCCGACUCCACUCAAGGACGUGGGAAAAAGUCAGGAAAGGGGCUUUCGUCGUUCAUUAUAGAGUAGGCAGUAAUUGUGGUGGCAGAAGAGGACACGCUUUGACCCUUUGCUUUCUGGGCACCUGUCUGAUUGUUGUCAGUAUUUAUAGGGAGCAUUUAGGCAUUAAUCAAUGCUCUAAUAACAGCAUCAUCAUAGUUUUACUGUGAGUCAACCCCAUAAACAACAGGCUGCAGUUACAAGGAUCAGUUUGAGUGUUCCGCCUCAUGCUGACAAAGUCUAAUGUGAAUUUAUGUACAUAUGUUGAGUUAUUCUACAACCAGUAAUAUGUUAACCGCGUAAGUUUCUCACUUCAGGACAGUUUUUUUUUGUUAAUUAUUUGCUAUUUAUAAGUCUUUCAAUGUUAGAGAACCAUGUGCAACAUUAACCAUAAUAUCUUAAUGCUUAAAGUUACUUAGCACUCAACCAGAGAUGUAAGUGUAGUAAAUUUAACUAGUUGCAAUACACUGUCUUGAAUUGCAUUUCAAGAGCGCGUAUGACACUAAAUAUCAGUUGUAUCCUAAGUGAAGAUGUAUGCAUCACUAGGUUAAAUCAGGGUUUAAACUUUUUACACCCAGUAACUGCCAGGUGUAGCCAACUGGAAAAGCUAACGUUGGCUUGAUAAUAUAUUAUCCAUUUGAAUUGAAGAAGAGCUAAUGAGGUGUGUUUGACACAUCUAACCGCCACUAUAUUUCCUACUCAUUCUAAAUUGUAGGAAUACUGCUAACACUGAAACACUCCUCCAUGUGAGUGGAUAUAAAUAAAACAGUCCUUUCUAAAUUGACAAAAAACAAACAAACUGGAAGUUAAGUUUAACAUAUCUCUUGACCGCCUGAAAUUGUUAUUUUUUGGAUGUCAUGUCACAAUGUGUGUGAUGCUACUGUAACUUCCUGUUUACAUAUCUGAUUGCUUUUACGAGGACAUUGCUGUUUCCUGGCAAUCAAUUUGCACAUUAGCAAAAAUUUUUACCAGCUAAGACAUAGAUGAAGAUUCAAUGGUGACACCAGAAACCACUAGUUUCACACUGGCUAGUAGUAAGAAGUAACACACACACACACACACACACACACAAACUUAGUCCUGGUUCUCAAUUUAAACAUUCACUUUACCUAGGAUUCAUGAAUUACACCUGCUCAAGUUCUGUUGUUUCUUUCUUCUGUUCAUCUAAAUAUUUAACUCUUAAUUUAAACUAAUACAUGAACAAAGCAUUCGGAUAUUCACUACUAAUACAUAAUGGGCAGCUCACUAUCACAAUAGGUCAAACUAAAUGAUUUCAAACCAUCCGUGACAAGGUUGAGUCUGGUUUAUGUUAUAGAAAUUAUGUUUCAUGUACUUAUCUGAUCAAAGCAACUACUAACAGUCUUGAUAACCCAUUAUCUAAUGUAAUUAUAUGCCGUAAUUAUAGUGUUCCUGAUUUGUGCUCCCUGUUUUUAAACUGUCCUGUCGCUUGUCCUUUCUUCCCUCUGUGCACUCUUUUAAUCCCAGUCUAUACUGAGCAGAGAGUCUGACCCACGCCGCUUUAACCAGGGUGCAGUGAACGCUUCCUAACAUCACUCACAUCUCUGCACCACUUCACUUCCUCAUUCACUGUAUGGAUCUAAUGCCUGCUGUGAGGCGUCAAGUCUUUCUGUGGUUUGUUAUACUACUGAACUUUAGUUUAGAGAGCAAAGUCAGCAUUGCUUUCUCUGAUGCACCCUCAUUCUCUUCCCCCUGCCCAUCUCCAUCUUAGCCAUCAACAUCUUUCCUUUGGCAAGGGCUAUCAGUCUUUGGGUAGACAGACAGACAGACAGACACACACACACACACACACACACACACACACACACACACACACACUGGAAGAAUGGAAAAACACUGUAGGAAAUAACCUGGAACUCCAAAAAUAACAAGGAAACCCCCGGAGCUGAGAAAAAACUAAACAAAAAAAAAAACCUUCCCAGUUGUGAACCAGUGAACAGGCAAUCGAGCAUGCUCAGCCAGGAGACGCUGCCCCCCCUCCCCCCUCCCCGCCAACUCCCCCCCUCCAGCUACCGUUUGGACCCUCAUUGACUCCACUUGGCUGACAUUUAGCUCUUGUUGACCCAGUGACUUUCCUUCUCCAGCUGGUUCCUCUUAUUAUCAUGUGGUUUUCUCGGACUGUAAAGUGAUUUGUAGUUGUUGCUCUUUUUCUCCUCACCAGACCAUUUUCCCAGUUUCAUAUUUGAUCUACUUGAUGUUGGACUACUUGAAGGGCAGUGUUCAGUCGCCUACAUUUUUAUACCAGUCAGUGUAAAAUGAAGGUUUUUUGGGGGGGGGAGACGGUGAUGGGGAAGUUGUUUGUGUGAAUCUUUUCAUGGGUCAGGAUGAUGAUGUACAGGGAUAACAUUUUGAUAAAUAAGAGUAUUGUCACUGAUUUCAACAUUUGACUUCAAUGGUGAUUGAGGUGGGAGAAAAUCACUUCAAAUAUAAGAAACUAUUGGUCCCAAUAUUUUUUUCUUGUCUACCUGUCUUUUCUCAAAAAUGUUACUGAUGUGUCAUUGCCUGCAAGGAAAUCUCAAAAACCAUUCGGGGGUCUGUCCAUUCCACAGCCAUACGACAGGCAUUUUUUUUAACGCUGUUUGUUGCACAAAACUUUUCAAGAAGCCUUCUGCACUGUGUAAAGAGAUAACGUUCUUAGGAGGGGAGGAAUAAAAAGGGGGGAGGGUGGGGUUGGUCCAAUGGUACAGUCCAAUGGUUUUGAAUCAUGACUUGUAAAUACAUUUUCAUACAGCAAAAAACUUUUUGAUAAUGUUUUAAAUGUAUCUGUAAAAAAAGAUGUACAUAAACCUCUGGGGUAAAAAGGAGUGUAGACUAUAUAUGAAUUUAUUUGUACACAAGAGCACUGGAUUUCUUUACUACUUGAUUGUAACUAAAAAUUAAUAAUCUGCCAAAGUGUUUUUAUUUUACUUUUUCUCCUGUCUGUUCCGUUUGUUUGUUUUAUUUUUGCUUUUUAACAGCAUUUCAGAUUUUUAGUGUUCAUACUGUGUUUAAUUCUGUUGAAUAGAUUUUGUUGUUGUGUUUUUAAAAAAAGAAAAGGGAUUAUCAUUUAAUUUAUUGGUGCCUUGUUUUGUGCUCCUGUAUACUUUUACUCUUUCUGUUUUUCUGUGUUACGUGUCUG